GGCGUUGUUGUGAAGUAUCCCGGAAAAGGUCAUUUGCCUGGAGUGAGAAGGACUCCGAACAAUCACUCAUUCACAACAAUGAUCUGAUGGCUUAGAAACAAGAAAUAUGGGAAUAAAUAUGGAGAGGGUUUUGUUGGCUGGAUUUUUCCUCAUUGCUCUGCUACUGUCCGGUAGCGACGCCAAACCCAUAGAGGUUACAAUCUCCGCCCGCCGCGGGGUGGAAGUUUUGCUGCCAUGCAGCCUGGAUUCCGAUAUGGACCCCGACAACGUUUCCGUACGCUGGAGUUCAUCAAAGGACUCUUUCAUCACUUCCGGUUUACGUGUCCUCAAAUACGUGAACCAGAUUGAGGUCGUCAAGAUGUCCAAAAUGGAAUGGAAUCUUCUGAUUAAGUCCGCCACGGACACAUUCGCGGCAAAUUACACGUGCAUGGCUGACCAAAAAGUACUGCUGUCUAACGUGCAGCUGCUAAUCUUGGUCGCUCCUAAGAUAGACUUUGGCGGUACAAGCUCACCGGUAGUGAACGUCGAUGAAGGCGGCACGGUGGAGCUCACGUGCGCGUUUACUGGUGAGCCGGUUCCGAGAAUUACGUGGUUAAGGGGUGACGACAAACAGGCAACCGGCAUCACGGGAAGAAAACUAGUUCUGCGUGACGUCAAGCGUUACGCUACCGACGUCUACACGUGCCGUGGAGAAAAUUCCGUCAAAAACAACGAGGACUAUACUAUGAAUCUUACCGUGAAGUUUCCUGUCGAAGUUGACGUUAUGGAAAAGACCAUUAAGGUCAUGAAAGGAGGUGUGUUUACAUUAUCGUGUUUCGCGCAAGGGGCACCGUUGUACGACACGUACUGGAUUGACAACAGUGGAACAAAGGUGACAGCAACACCGUGGAAAUAUAAGUUUGUCGUGGAGCCCGUAGGUGCACAUGUACCGGCCAAGUUCGUCACCCUGGAAACCAAACCGGGUACCUUUACCGCUCACGACUUUGGAACGUUCACAUGCGUGGCGGAAGGGGAGGGGCACGAGGCAAGGGCAACCGUGGAGGUCGUAGAACUUAAGGAAUCCAAAUAACCUGCACCAGCUAGCACCAACAACGGAAAUGUGAUAAAAUAUGACUGACAUGGGUCGCGUUUUAGAAAUAUUUACAAAAGCUGGACUAAGAUAUAUUUGAUGUCGCUAACUUAACUGCAUAACUUUGGAAAAGUCAGGGAGUCAUUCAGGAUUGAGGACCAUUGAGACACUUAGCCUGUUUUAUUAUAAGCGUUUUAACUAAAGAUCAAAAAUAAAGUAAACAUGCCUUAAAAUGUAUUUUAUUUUCGAUUAUUGUUCACGAGAUGUUGUAAAAUGAACAUUUUGGUUUUUUGACCCAGUACUAUCAGAAUAAUUUGUAUAUUCGAAAAAUCAUCAGUUUUAAACCGAUAACAUUUCUGUCAAUAAGUAAGAGCCUUUAAAUAAAAAUGUUUUUUUA